AAAAAAUUUUCGAUCAUUUGUGAAGGAACAGCAUUUCUGGUAACAUGAAGGAUUUAGAAAUCGAAAUUGUUGACAAAAGUGUUAAAAAACUCUAUGGAAAAACCGUAUUUAUUACAGGUGGCACAAGGGGUGUUGGCAAAGAAAUUGCCCUUAAAUUGGCAAGAGAUGGUGCGAAUAUUGUCAUCGUUGCCGAAACCGAUAAACCACACCCUUCAAAGCAAGGAACACUUCAUACCACCAUUCAGGAGGUCGAAGCAGCUGGAGGAAGAGGUUUGGCUAUUUUAAUGGAUAUUCGUCAUGAAAAUCAAGUUAAGCACGCCGUGGAACUAACUGUAAGGACAUUUGGUGGGAUUGAUAUUCUGAUCAAUAAUGCCUCGGCAAUUUCGUUGGCCGAUACUGAAGAAACAGACAUGAACAGUUACGAUUUAAUUAACAGCGUUAAUGCUCGGGGGACGUUUUUAGUGACGAAGAUGUGCCUUCCGCACUUGAAAAAGAGCACUACUCCCCAUGUGCUUUGUAUCGCACCCCCUAUAAAUUUAAGAGGGUUUUGGUUUGCGGGUCGAGUAGCCUACGCCAUUGCCAAAUAUGGCAUGUCAAUGUGUGUAAUGGGAAUGGCUGAAGAAUUUCGGGGUUAUGGCAUUUCAGUUAACGCUCUAUGGCCUCGAGUUGUUAUUGAGAAGGAGAACAUGGUGGAAAAACAAGUCUGCCGUAAACCUACAAUAAUGGGAGAAGCGGCUUACGCCAUUCUUACAAUGGACCCAAGACCAUUUGGAGAAUUUUUCCUUGAUGACCAAGCCUUAGCUCAAGUCGGGAUGCGAAGAUAUGACAGUUAUUGUGUCGAUCCAAGUUUUGUUAACAAGUUGGUACUAAACGCGUUUGUUGACGACAGUGGAACAAUCGUUCAAAAAAAGAUUCGCAAAACAACCGUGGAAAUGGAUAAAUCUGAAACGGCGGAUAAAAUGGAGAAAAUAUUGGAAAAAUUUGAAUCUUUGUUCGAUGAAGCUUUGGUAAAGAAGACGCAGAAAGUCUUUCAAAUAACGGUCACUGGAGAUGAUCACCCGAAGAAAGCAUAUAUUGACCUGAAAAAUGGUAAAGGUGCAUUUAGAAUGGGCGAAUCCCCAGAAACAGCCAACGUUCAUUUAAAAAUGGGACAAGAUGUAUUUUAUGAAUCGUUUGUGAAAGGAUUUAAACCUUCCUACGCUUAUAAGAUGGGGAAACUUGAAGUCGAAGGCGACAAGAAUACCUUACGUUUAUUAGAUAAUCUGAUUGUUAAUUCGGUUGCAAAGUUGUAGGUCAAUUUUGUAUGCAAGCUUUGCUAUUUUAUUUUGAAUAUUGACCAGUGUUUUUAUGUUCUCGAACUAUAAAAUAUCUAUACAGCGCA